CUCAAGAUUGUUAACUUUUUUGAACAUUUUUAAGAGGUUUAGAAUAAUUGUUAAUGUCUGAAAAAAACUUACUAUAGUUUUAAAUAAUACCUAACUAAAUGUUUGAAGAUUUUUUUGAGUAAAUGUACCAAAAUAAUUUGGGAGCCUAUGUCACACUAGCCCCUUUGUCUGCCCCUCUUUCGGAGCGAUUAUUUCACAUUGUUUCGUCGGACUCUCUGUCUCCUCCUUUUGACGGCGGCAGAAACAACGAAGCACGCACUGAUAACACCUAUCUCUCUCUCCGUCUAAACCAUUUGAUUAGUCUAGAUCCCAAUUCUUCGAGUAUCGAUUCUUCUUCAAUCCUUUUCAUGUGAAUAUCCUCCUAAGCAGCAAUCUUUGGGUUUUUGUGGUAACUGAUGGGGAAGAAAGCGAAGAAGAAGGCCCGAGCUCCAACAAAGGAGAUUCAGACCACAGAAAUUUCCAUGAAGGUCUCUGAAGAGCCGCCUAGUCAAGCCGGAGAAAUAGCUGAGGGUGACGUUAAACCAGUUAAGGAGACACAAGCUUGUGUGCAUUUUGAUAAGGGUCUUAAUUUGGAGAAAGUGUUGGAUAAGAUUAAGUCUUCCAGGCAAAUUAAGUGUGAAGAAUGCAAGGAAGGAUUGUCUGGUAAGAGAGGAACUAAAGCAAAGGGCAAUAAGGGGAAAAAAGAUUUUUCUUCAUCUGAUAAAAAAGCCAUUUGGCUAUGUUUGGAAUGUGGCUGUUAUGUUUGUGGAGGUGUUGGUUUACCAAAUGGAGCUCAGAGUCAUGUUUUGAGGCAUACCAGAGUGACGCGUCACCGAUUGGUGAUUCAAUGGGAAAAUCCUCAGUUAAGAUGGUGUUUCCCGUGCCGUUCGCUUCUCCCUGUUGUAAAAGAAGAUAAUGGUGAGAAGAAAGAUGUGCUGUCUGAGGUUGUUAAAUUGAUUAAAGGACGAUCUUUGAACAAUUUAGCUUCAUCUGAUAUCGAAGAUCAGUGCUCAGUAAGUGGCAGUAUCACUAGUGAUAUCAAAUUAGAAGGUGCUGCUGUGACCAGUGAUAUAGAAGCAAGAGAGGGUUAUGUUGUGCGAGGUUUAGUUAACCUUGGGAACACAUGUUUCUUUAAUUCGAUAAUGCAAAAUCUUCUUUCUUUGGAUCGGUUACGCGAUCACUUCUUGAAGGAGAAUGGGUCUGGGGCCGGUAGGCCUCUUGCGUCUUCCCUGAGGAAAUUAUUCGCUGAAACGAAACCAGAGGCAGGCUUGAAGAGUGUGAUAAAUCCUAGAGUCUUUUUUGGGUCUUUCUGUUCUAAGGCACCCCAGUUUCGUGGAUAUGACCAGCAUGAUAGCCACGAGUUGCUACGCUGUUUGCUAGAUGCGUUAAGCACCGAAGAAUCGGCUUUGAGAAAGAAGCGUGGUAUUUCUGAUAAUGAUGAGAAAUCUACUACACUCAUAGAUUCUGUAUUUGGAGGGGAAACGUCGAGCAUUGUUCGUUGUAUGGAGUGCGGGCAUUCGUCAAAAGUCUAUGAGCCGUUUUUGGAUCUCUCCUUACCCGUACCAUUCAAGAAAAGCCCUCCUAAAAAGCUACAACCUGUUUCUCGAGCAAGAAAAGCUAAGCUUCCACCAAAAAGAGUCCCUAAGAAUGUGUCAAAAGUAAGUAAGGUUUCAAAUGUUCUCCCAAGUAAGGCUCUUUCAGAACUGAAUUCUCCGGGAAAAGCUUUGGUUGUCAUAGCUGAUUCAGACACAUCGUGUUCUAGUUUUGCACCCCUUGAUAAUGGUCCGGUUUUAGAGACUCUUUCAGUUCUAACCGCUGACAAUAAGCAGGCCUCAGAAAGUGUAACACAAAGUGAUACUGGUUUUGAUAGCUUCUGGUUGGAUAUUAUUGGACCAGAAAACUCUGGAGAUGAGACGAAUUUGGAUAUGCAAGAAGAUGGUACUGAUAAUGUCUCUACAACUGAGGGUGAUCAGAGUUUGGAAUGUAACACAGAGAGGCUGAUGCAAGACAAUGUACAAGCUAUGCAGUCUGAUGAAGGCCCAGUUACGAGCGGUAUUUCUGCUGAAUUCAUUCAAGCUAGUUGCAUCAGUUGUGAUCCUGGUAUAGGGGAAAGUUCUUCCUCGGUGAAUCCUUGGGACGAGGAAGAGCUUCCUUUGGUGGUUGGAGAUUCGCAAAUUCUGUACAUGCCAUACAACGAAAUAUCCUGUAAUGAUAAAUCAGUUGCGGAAGGUGAGUUUGAAGCUUCAUCUUCAUUUGGUACUGGUGAUCAUGAACCACAAAACAGUGAUUUUGUUGAUUUUGGCGGUUUAUUUGAUGAGCCCGAGACUACCGAAGGACCUGUCUUUGGACCUCCUUCCAAGGCUGAAGCUUCGGGAGUUGGUAUUAUGGCGUUCAGCAGCGAGUCUGAUCCUGAAGAAAUCGAUGAUUCGGAUUCACCGGUGUCUGUAGAAAGGUGUUUGGCUCAUUUCACAAAGCCUGAGAUAUUGUCGGAUGACAAUGCUUGGCACUGCGAGAACUGUUCAAAGAACCUGAAACUCCAACGGUUGAGAGAAAAGCAAAAAUCCAAGAAAGAUGAAUCGAGAUCAAGCAACACAAGCAACGGAUGGGUGAAAGAAAAUGAAAGUGAAGGUUUUGGAGAAACUGAUAUUUUGGCUGUUAAACAAGAUCCAAAUGAUACUUGUUGUGUCAAGGAUCAUAGCUCUAAUGGGAGAAAAGCUACGAGGUCUCACUCAGCUGAUGAAAGUGAAUCCAAAGGAACUCAAGAUGAAGACGAAGAUUCUGAGAAAGUGAUCACAGUGAAGAGAGAUGCAAGUAAAAGAGUACUUAUAAACAAAGCCCCACCUGUCCUAACCAUUCAUCUAAAGCGAUUCAGCCAAGAUUUGCGUGGUAGGCUAAGUAAGUUAAAUGGUCAUGUUGCUUUCCAAGAGGUCAUCGAUCUUGGACAAUAUAUGGACACAAGGUUUAGCGGAGAAGACCCACCCGUUUACAGACUGGCUGGAUUGGUGGAGCAUUCAGGGACGAUGAGAGGAGGUCAUUAUGUGGCAUAUGUUAGAGGAGGUCAGCGAGUGAAAGAGAGUGAUUCCUCAUCCACUGUGUGGUAUAACGUAAGCGAUGCACAUGUUCGUCAGGUUUCAUUGGAAAAGGUUCUGCAUUCUGAAGCUUAUAUCUUGUUCUAUGAACGGAUCAUCUCACAAGACUGAGAAAUGAUUUUGUUUCCAUUAUACUGAAAAAGGAAAGAAGAAAACCAGUUUUGAUCUUCUUCCCUACAGCUUGUGCUGGGAAAGUUUUUGACGAUCACAUUAGAUCAAAUACCAUUAAUUUUGUUUUUUCUUAUUGUAUUUUGGAGUCAUGAAAAUUUCAUUAUAUGUAUCAGAAACAUGUCUGAAAAUAUUUGAGCCUCUCAAAUGAGUUACAUUCUA